GGAGUGCCCGACGUCCGGCUGGCCUACAUCCAGUUUGCUCUGUCCUUCUUGAUUGCUGGUGACGACAGCACCAUAGUGCAGGUGCUGGAGCUGAAAGAGUUUAUUCCUUGCAUUUUUAGCUCAGGCAUAAAGGAAGAUAGGAUUUCUACCAUCAAUAUUUUGUUGUCCACAAUGAAAACAAAGGUAGUUCACAGUAAAAGUAUCACAAAGACCCAGAAGGUGCAUUUCUUUACCGCACAGCUGUUGAGCCACAUAGCGUCUCUCUACGCCUGGAACGGGAUUGUUGACGUAAGCCCGGAGAACACAGAGAUGUCUGCUGAGGAGGCGGGGAAGGCCAUGGUGCGGGAGCUGGUGCACAGCUUCCUGCUGGAUCUGUGUUGUUCCCUCAAGCAUGGCAUUAACUUCUAUGAUGCGUCUUUGGGCACCUCUGGCAGAGGAGGAAACCUGACCCUCCUGCACUUCCUGCUGGGAUUGAAAACCGCCGUGGACGACGAGCUGGUGGCCGAGCUGGUGGUGAACAUCCUCCGAGUGUGCCCGGACUUGCUGAACAAGUACUUCAAGGAAGUGACGUUCUCCUUCCUGCCCAGAGUGAAGGCCACGUGGCAGAACAACAUCAAACUCCUGAACAAGAUCUACGAGGCCCAGCCGGAGAUUUCCCGGGCGUUUCAGACCCGAGAGUUUAUCCCCUUGCCGCGGCUCCUGGCCAUGGUGAUGGUGACCACUGUGCCCCUGGUCUGCAACAAGAUCAUGUUCACCCAAGCAUUAAAUUUGGACAGCAAAUCUGUGAAGCACACGGCUUUAUCCCUUGUUUCUGUCAUUUUGAAAAGAGCAUUAAAAACCAUUGACCACUGCCUGGACAAAGAGGCGUGGCAGGAGCCAGGCGUGUACACGGCCACAAUGAUGGAUGAGUUUGUGCGGCUCUUCAGAGAGGCCCUGAGCAAGAUCUUGCCAGACCUGAACACUAUUGUGUGGGUCUGGCAGUCCCUGAAAAAACAAGAGACAAAACAGGAUGACCAGAAGGGGAAGAGAGCGGGUGACAAGGCUGUGGCGGCCCGUGAGGCUCAGUGCGACGAUGCGGAAACCAUUCUCUUGAAAGCCGUCCUGCUCCAGGUCAUCUGCCUCUACCAGAAGGUGGUGCCCCACAUGGUCACUCAGUACAACUUUGACUUCAGCAAGCUCCUGAAAGGGAUCAUCUCCGAGCAGGGUCUUGGGGAGGAGGCGCCCCCCAUUCUGCAGCACCACAUGCUGAAGGUGGCCCUGGAGCUGCCUGCCAACAAGUUUCUGUGGCUGAAGGCACAGGAAGGCCCAGACACAGAAAGUGUGGCGGAGCGAUCCGUGUUCUACCUGCUGAUGAAGAUGUUUGUGACCAGUAGCCACUUGCAGCUGAAGUCGUCGACCCAGCUUCUGAUCAUGAAGAUCCUGCGGGACACAGGGGUGUUUGAGCACACCUGGAGGGAGCUGGAGCUCUGGCUGGAGCAUUUGGACAACACGGCGGAAGAGCGCAGAGAGGCCGUGAUUCAGUUUCUGGAACGCGUCUUGUUGACUUUGGUGGCAAAUCCGUAUUCCUACACAGACAAAGCAUCUGACUUUGUCCAAGAAGCCAGCACGCUGCAGGCCACCAUGACGAAGCAAGACGCCGACGACGUCAGCAUCCCUGUCUCCCACAUCGAUGAUGUUCUCGACAUGGUGGACGUCCUGGUGGAGGGCAGCGAAGGCUUGGAUGAAGAAAUAGGGUUCCUGUUAAACGAAGACAUGAUCCUGCUCACUUUUCCGUUCAGCGCGGUGGUUCCCGCAGCCCUGGAAGCCAGGAAUAAGCUGCUCCUUGGGCAGGAGAAUGAAGCAGGGGAAGGCAUCGUGGCGUAUCUGACCGCAGUGCUGACCGACCUCCUCCACUCGCAGAGGGACCCCCUGGCCCUGUGUCUUCUGCUGCAGGCUUAUGACAAGUUUGAACCUCCAGGCCCGCCCUGCUGCCAUCAGCUCUCCCGGUUUCGCAGAUACUACAGCCUGUGGAUCCCCGAGCAAGCCCGAGAGGCUGGGCCGCUGCAGGUGUCGGAUGGCCCUGUGCCCCACGCUACGCUCUCGGCCUCCAGCUUCCCUGCCUUGCUGCAGGCAGCCUACGAGAGCCAGAUGCUGCGUGAUGAGCAUGUACAGGCACAGCUGCAGGCCGCCCUCCCGGGCCUCCCCCUGCGCCAGAUCCCACGCUCGGCCAAGCAAGUGCUGCUGUACUUGCGGAGCACCGUGGACAGCUUCGGUCAGCUGGGCAGAAGCGCAGGGCCUCCCCUGCUGCUGCUCUUCCUGGACCUCCUCAGGCGCCUGGUUGUCCACUGUGAGCAGCUGGAUGCCCAGAACCGGCAGAAGUGCGAGGCUGCCCGGGCCGAAUCCGACCUCUUUCUGGACAUGGAGUCCAUGGCCGCGCUGGAGUUGGCCAAUGACCAGACCCUGGAGGAGGUGCUGGUGGCCGUCCUCGGACACCCCACGCUGGAGGGCUGGUUCCUGGCCCUGGAGCAGCAGGCCCUGCCCCCACACACCCUCAGCCCGGUCCUUGUGAAGCUGCUCGCAGCCCACUUCAGUGCCGGGGUCCUUCAGCUGCUGGGGUCGUGUGCCCCGAUCCUGCAGAGCAGGGCUCAGCUGGGCCUCCUCUCCAAGUACUCGGAGGCCAUCACUCGAAGUGUGCUCAAAGAGCUGCGAGCGAGGAGGGCAGGCCCAGCCCCGUCGUCACCCAAGACCCCGCCUCAGCUGGAGGCCCUGCGGGAGCUGCACCCGUACAUGGAAGGCACCCAGCUCCGCGAGGUCACGCUGGCCCUGUUGGGCCUGCCCGAGGCCCAGCUGCUGGCCCGGCGCCCCACAGAGUCCGCCGGGGAGGAGAGGUGCCUGAGCGCUCUGGGGAGGACCCUGGUGCAGCUGCUCACCAGCAGCCGCCCGGACCGGCUACAGAGUGGCGAGCUCCUCUGGUCCUCGGAGUACGUGAGAGGCCUGGGGGCUCUGCUCCCCGCGCUGGCCGUGGAUGAGCUGGACGCCGUGUUCCUCCGCGCUCUGCAGAGAGACCCAGAGCUGGCGCCCGUGGCUGGGGCCGAGCUGCUGCACUACUGCCUGGCCCGGCGGACACAGGCCGCCCUCGGCAUCGCCGCGCUGCUCCUCCAGCAGAGCUGCACCCACCUGCUGGGCUUUGAGUUGUGGUGCAGGCAGCCCGGCGCCGGGCUCGGCCUGCAAGAGGACCCGGAUGACUUCCUGCCCCUCGUCCACGAGUACCUCCGGUGCCGCACGCGGGGGCUCUUCGCACGCCCAGCAGGAGUGUCCUCCGCUGUGGUUCCUGUCCUGAGGAAGGCGCUGUGGAGGCGGCUGCAAGACAGGCUUCUCAGUGCCGACGACUCCCCCGCGUCGGACCUGCACCACGAGGUCCUGGCCCAGCUGGUCCCGUUUGCGAGAGCCAAGGAUCUCCGCGUUCUCAUGGGCCAGCUGCCCGGCUUGCUGCAGGCUCCGGGCACUCACAAGGGCUGGAGCGUGGCAGACUCCAUCUCAGCGGCCCUGGAGGGCUCGGCAGAAGAGCUGGCUGCCUGGAGGAGGACCCUGCUGGAGUCCUGCAUCAAGUGGCUGCUUGCGUCUUUCAGCGGGAGCCCCCAGGGUGAUGACGGCGCCCAGGGCCAGGAGAAGCAGAUGCUGCUCAGACUGAAUAAGUUGCUGCAUGCAUGUAACGAAGUUGAUCCCGGGGACUGGCAGAAAUUUGUGAAGACGGGACUCAAGUCUCGAUACCAGGACCACACGUUUCUGAAGACCCUGUGUGCGGCCACCCAGCUCCUGUACGCGCCCGGAAGCCCCGGGCGCACGACGCUCGUCCAGCUCCCGCUGGUCCACACCAUGCUCACCCAGCACUCCCUGUUCUUGCCCACGCUCCUGAAGUCUGAAGAAGAGGACGUCCCUGACACCCAAGUGAAAGAAGCCCUGGUGGACCUGAUGCUGAUGGUGGUGAGGAUGUGUCCCUCUGUGUGUGAGAGCAGCCACUUCGCCGUGCUUCUCGGGGCCUACGGUGCCACCCUCAGUGUCCUAGACCAGAAAAUUUUACUUCUGCUCCGGGCGUAUGAAAAGAACAACCUCAGCCUCAUCGACUUCAGGGUGCUGCUGUGGGGCCCGGCGGCCGUGGAGCACCACAAGACGUGCCGCAGCCUGGGCAAGUCGCUGUGGCAGCAGCCGAGCCCCGGGGACAUCCUGCGCCUGCUGGAUCGCGACCGGGUCUUGCAGACCAUCCUGCACUUCCCCCAGCGCCGGAAGCUGCUGCCGCCCGAGGACGAGCAGGAGCCUGUGUUCGAAGACAAGAACGUGAGGGUGGAUCUCGGUGGCCUCUACGACCCCUGCUUUCUCCUCCAUCUCUUCAGUGAACUGACCAGGCCCGAAUUUGUGGUGGAUUGUCGAAAAUUUUUGGAUUCAAACGCACUGGGCCUAACGGUCAUGGCCCUCAGCAGCUACGACCCCCAGAUGCGAGCCGCGGCCUACUACAUCCUGGCGGCCUACUACUCACACCUGGAGGGGGCCCGGUUCCGAGAGCAGCCCCAGGUUCUUUACCUGAUGGAUGUGGUCCGGAACGGGAUUCGAACUCAGAACAUGAGACUCACCUUCACCCUGGCUCUCUUCAUUGCCAAAGCAGCCCUGCAGAUUUUGAAACCAGAGGAGCACAUGUACUUGAAGAUCAGCAAGUUCCUGCUGUCGCACGAGUACCUGAACAUGGACAAAGUGCCAGGCUUCUACCAGUUCUUCUACAGCUCUGACUUCCAGGUAACGCUGCAAGCCCCUGAGCCGGGUCCCUCGGGCACUGUGGUCGCGCGGGCACUGUCCCGUCACCCUGUGCACUCGUGGCGCCAGGACUGCGAGAGCCACGUCAGAGCGGGGAGUCGGGAAGGGGACGCCUCCGUCCCAGCACAAGUUUCAUGCAGCUUCUCGGCUGCGCCACGGUCCUCACAACCCUGA